GAUUUUCUGAAUCGAAGUUACCUUUGCAUAGAUUAGUUCCAAACUCUCAAAUUGAAAGUUCAAAAUUUUAAUUUUUUUUGUACAUUUUUUUAAAUUUUACAUUCUAGCAAAAUCACGACUAAAUUUCAAGUAACCUGUUAUAAUGAAACCGAAAGAAGAUCCGUCAUCCAGACCAGGAAGAGGUCGACCAAUUCAGACCUCGGACAUUCACCUCGUCAUCGAUGUUUACGAUGAUGGCCGCCUUCAGGUGGCUCAAGUCGAUGAACAAACGGACCUGGAAAUGGGUCCUUGUCCUCCGACAAUGUAUGAUGGAACCUUCCGAGGGACUUUCGAGGAGGACGACGAUUCAAGCACGGAUCUCACUUUCUCGGAUGAAUCGACUCUUGGUGAGGACUAUUCGGGUUUUGUAGAAGAUGAAAUCGCAACCGUGGAUAACCAAGGCAAGGAACCUCGCAGUGGUCAAUUGGGACCGAUCAGUGAUUCCAUUUCCAUCAUUGGAAAUGUGAGAGGAAGUGCUGUUGGUGCCAUCAUAGACCAAUCUCACACUAUCCUGAUGCAGCUGGUGGAAAAAUCAAGCAGUUGUUCCCACCGCGGGGUCAUAGAUUACAUCAAAACCGUCAACGAUUUAAUAGAUAACGAAGAUUCGAUUAUAGUUGUUCAAUAUCCGAGUGCACAAGACUCGCAUUGCUCCAAAACCUGUCCUGAUGAACAAUUGAGCACAGCUCGAUCCAUGCUGGCUAACACCGAAGAAGUGCUGGAAAAGGUCGAAGGGUCCAACCGAAAAUCGAUACUAGUAAGGCUGCAGAAAACCUUGGAUGAGAUGCUGAAUCAACCGGAAGAAACGAUAGUGGUGCGUUCGAUAGCAGGGGAAAAUCAACAGGGACAAACCAUCGACGAAGAUACGUUCAUGGGAUUCUAUAUAUCUCAAGAAGAGUCGGCCCUAUACAUAAGAAAAAGCGAAUCAAAAAAGACUCAAUCAGACGAAGAAUCCGAAAGUGAGGAAGGUAAAUGUCAAGGUCUGCAGGACUUCCUCGAAAAAACCAUAAGCGACCAGGAGCGAAUUCUCGAAGAUGCCUUCAGUACUGCACCGGAUGUCAUCAUCGGAAGUGUACUGGAUGAAAUUUUCGCUCUGUUACUGUAUCCGGAUGAGUCGCUUGGAAUUGUGCGAACCACUUCCACUCUCUUUCCGGCCAGUGGCGAACGGGAGGAGUUGAUGCUUUCGAUGGUCGAUCGGUUUCAGCAGAUUAUCCAAAGCUCCACCGAGAAGCUGAUCGUGCAAACGCACUCGGACGCUGCCAGAAGUUCUAAGAUUUACCAGCUGAAGCAAGAAUUCGAUCAGCUUGCGCAACCGGCCGAAGUGAGUAGCCACGGGUCCUCCAUUACUAUUCAGGAACUAAACGACAAAGUGAUCGGCGUUUACAGCUAUCCGGGUGGGUCACUGGUCAUCCAAACUUCCAGCAAAAACUGGAUCAAAACCGGAAACGCUCGCAAUGCCGAAGAUGUGAUGAUCAGCAUCCGGAUGGUGGUGGAACGAUUCUUGAAAAACAACGACUUGACUGAGCAGGACUUGAAAAGUAUUGCUACGCUGAUUGGUCAAGUGUUUCACUGCGAGAAAGUUCAGCUGGAGGAGCACUUUUUGUUGCAACCCGUUCUAGAAAAGAUACGAGUCGUUUCCUGCCGGGUGCUGAACCCUGAGGAAAAUGAGAAUGCUUUGCAGAUUGUCAAUCAGAUUAGGGAAGUUUUGGAAAAUAUUGCUCAAUAUGAAAGUUUAACCGGUGCAUCCGGGGAUGAAAUCGAUUGGGACUGUUUGCGUUAUUACUUCGAUGAAUUAAUAUGUGACAGGGACACUAAUUUUGAUCAUGAUUUGGUAGUGUUGGGUCUAAGGAAGGCACUGUUGAUUGUUUUGGUGCGACAUGAAAUGUCGCUGUCGUACGCCUUGAGCCAACUGAUGGAUCUGCUUAAAAGUGUUCCAGCAGAAGCAGUAACUAGUCACUUGUCGAGAACAAUCAUCAGUUGUCCUGGAAUGAUCUCGAUUGCAAAUGAUUUGUCUCAUAACACAUCAUCUCAGUUGGAUGAUGCCAGAUCGAUGGAAGUUAUUCAGAGAGUGCACGAUCUCCUGAGUGCGGAAAGUGAGCUGCAUCAGGGCUACUGGAUGCAAUGGUUUUCAACGUUUCAAGCUCUUCUGCUCUCUAUUUUGGCAGUGAUCUCCAGUUGGGGUGGAAAAGUUAAACAGUUCAUCCAACAACCGUUUCCAUCGGCGAUUGAAAGUGCACCAGUUGAAAUACCCACUCAAAAGCCAUCUGUAUCGUUUCAUUUGGUUAACGAUUCAGAAGAAGAAACUCCUCCGGAUCUGUCCCUAGAGCUGGAAAGAGAACGACAAAACAUCAACGAAACCAUUGAUGAGUUGGAACAGUUUCUUAUAACAUCUCUCCACAUUCCCGAUAGUUGGCAACACACCUACACCGAUCAGCUACGUGCUCAAGAUCACCGAAGUUCACAAAAUGCCAAGAAUCGCAUGGUGGACAUCUUUACCCAGCUAUUGGAAGAAUCGGCGAAGCGGAAACCCUCCGGAGUGGCUGCAGAUUCAGUUCACCUGCAGAUACAAUCAGCUUCCGGUAACAUGGAUCGAGUCCAGGAAGGAAACUGCGUGCUUCUCAAGGGUAGCGUUCGUGACCCGCACGAAAACUUGGCUCUCUUCUUUGAAGCCCGCUUGGUUGAUUUAGCUGGCCAAGCUACCGAUGAGUCUCAUGACGAAUCUGUGAUGGAAGUUCGUCGUUUGUCCAAUUACACGGAAGAAGCUGAGGAAGCGGAAGAACCGAAAGUCGAAGAAACGACAGCCGAAGAACCGGAACCAGAAGUAAUAUUUCCCGUAAGUUCUUCGGCCUGUGACGAGUCGGGCAACGAAUUCACAUUCGAAAUGACGGAAACUAGCGUUCAGACGAGUUUUGAAGAAAUGAGAGUGGGAAUAUUCUCUAGCAUGACGGCAGAAAAUAUUCAAGAAUAUCUGUAUGAAUUUUUGGCUUCGAUACAGCAAUCGGUCCGGGGUUCUAUUGCUCCACUGGAAGAUAACCUCAAUGAGUUGCUUGGCAAGAUGGCGGAGGCUGGCAGCGAGAAAAUUCAGGAAAUCAAAACCAGCAUUGCGCAAACCACUAGCAGUGUCAUAUCGACCUACAUUGUGGAUUACCCGGACGGUCAGACUGACGAUAACGGCUUACCUUCACCGAGUACAGAGCUUGAUCACACCAACGCCUCCAACUUGUCCUUGAAAAGCCUCGAAGGAGCCACCAUUGAAUCGAGAGCAACCUACACUCAACCAUACCCCUCUCAUUCGGACCGGAAGCUGGAGUGCAUGGAGCGAGACCUGCACGAAAUUAAGGAAAAACUUGAACUUCUGGCCCGCAUCAUCGCGGAACAGAGCAGUGAGAAAGUUGCUGCAACUGUUCCUGUUCCCGUUCCUGAAAAAAUUGAGGUCGCUCCACCGCCUUUGGAAACACAAAAUUUACCGGAGAGAGUCACAUUUGAACCAACUGCACCGUUGCUAGAGGAUUUGUCAUCGGAUCGGGCUUCGGAGAUACCAUCAACGGUUGCGGCUCACGAAACGUCUCACGAAGCUCGCGGAGGCCGAGUAUCAUCGUUCGGGGUGUUUGAAGAUUCGCACGAAUGCGUUUGCGAUGAAGAAGGUCUUGUGGUUUGUCAGCAUCAUGAGAAAGUUAUCGCCCCGUGCCCACCGUCAAGUCAGAUCGCUGUAGACAGCCAACGGGACACGAUUCACGAAGAUUUGGAUGCCGUCGAGUUGGAAAACAUGUUGGAAGAGUACCGUCGAUCUACCAUUGGGCAAAACGUUGAUUUAUUGGCGCUGGAACACAUUGGAUCCGGUGAGGAACAAUUGUCUGAAAGAGCAGUUAGUCCAGUUGAGGUUGCUGAACCAGAGGAACAUUUGAGUGUUAUCGAAACGGACAUAUCGCUGGAAAUUCAACUGACGGAAACUUCUCAGGAGACCAAUUUGAACAUUCAGGUAACCGAUGUGUCGAAGAAGCGCAAGGCGGAAGUUGGUCCUUCCAGAGAACCUGCCCUUAUAGAGAAAGUCCUUAGCACUAUCGAUACGGAUUCGUUGUUGAAGGUUGCAGCUGCUGCUCCAUUAGUUGAAGAGUCCUGGUCGGAGUUGUCUUUCGAGGACGCUGUUGAGUGCCUGGAGACGGAGUUGUUCGUUGAUCAUGUAGAGCGGUCAAGCGAAAAGGUUGAGCUAGUUUUGCCAAGCGAGCCGGAGCCUAGCAUAGCUUUGUUACCAGUGCCAAUAGUGGAAGUCGAAGCUCCUGAAGUACAAGAAGUUUUGGAGGAAACGAAGGGAUUGCCAAUUGAACCAGAAGAACUUGUGGAGGAAGAAACUCAACUUGUUGAGGAACCUGCAGAAGAAAAAGGUGAAGAGUUGAUUACAGAACUGCCACCUGUUGCAGAAGGAGUUGUUGAAGAAGAAGUUGUUGUAGAGGAAGCCGUUGAAGAGAAAGUCAUUGAAGAGAAAGUCGUUGAAGAGGAAGCCGUUGAAGAGGAAGUCGUUGAAGAGGAAGUCGUUGAAGAGGAAGUCGUUGAAGGGGAAGUUGUUGAAGAACCUCCUACAGAAGAGUCUGUCAUUAAACAGCCUGAUGAAGGUCCAGCAGAAGAAAAAUCGGCCAUUCAAAUCGCGUCUAUGAAGAUUAUGGGCCAAGACGAUGCGGAUACGGUGGUGGAAGUAACCGUCGAUAUUACCUCCAAAGACAGUUCAGCUGAACAAGUUGUGCAAGAAGUGGUUUUGGACGAAUCGGAAAGUCAUCCUACGGAACCCAAGUAUAGAUCAAUUUCUUUCAACGAAGAAGUUGCGGUCACCCAGGAUAUCGAUACGAUCGCUUCCGAAGAGAGUAAAGUUUCGAUAACUUCGGUACAGCUGGCAGAUCAGAAACACAGAGGCUCGUCGAAUUCAACACUAGACGGCCAAACACUGGAACCAGCUUCUCCUAAACGUCCAAGUGCGUUAAAGAAGUCUUCUCAGCAAUUUGUAGAACAUCAACAGAUGCAGCUGGAUGAGAUUCCGGUCCGUGAUGGGGAACCAUCUCGGAGACCACCGGGGACAGCAGCCCAUGAGGCAGAACGUUGUGAGCUGCUCUGGAACUAUCGAGAUGUCAUGAGUCGCAACGAGCAGGAAAAGUCCAUAGUUCCGGCAAACAUCUAUAGCUGCCAUCAGGUGGCAGACAAUCAACUUAUGAUCCAUUGGAAUGUGGAGAAAGAAUACUUGAGCGAUAUUUGCGGGUAUGAGGUUUAUGUGGACGGUGAAGUUCGAUCGAUCUGUUACUCGGCGAAACGGCGCACAGCCCUGCUGGAAAACAUCGACUGCAACCGAGAACAUCACAUCGCCCUGUACUGCAAUCCGCAGCGAUCCAUUGCGGAAUUCAUUCGAUGGUCACCCUGGGUUUGUAUUUAUCACCGGUGAAUCGGAUGGAAAGACGAAAACACUUUCGGAACUACAGUUUCGUUCAGUUACUUUUAUUGUUUCUUCUGCUCUUCAA